GACAACGUUCUAGAAACACAAACAAAACACCGGAAAAUAGACGCGAAACGCAGUACGUGCUGGGAUAGUGCCGUUUUUCGUGAAAUAAUCCGUUUUAUUUAGCUUAAACCCCAAACACAACAAUGGCAUACGACGCAGCACACGAUGAUGGACCAGGAUUCGUCGGAAUUCGGUUCUGCCAGGAAUGCAACAACAUGCUGUACCCGAAGGAGGACAAGGAAAACAAAAUUCUGCUCUACGCCUGCCGUAACUGUGAUUACAAGCAGGAGGCGGACUCGAACUGUAUCUACGUGAACAAAAUUAUGCACGAAAUCGACGAGCUAACGCACAUUGUACCGGACGUGAUAUCGGAUCCCACGCUGCCACGCACGGAGGAACACGCCUGCCCGAAGUGCUCCCACCGUGAGGCCGUCUUCUUCCAGGCCCAGACACGCCGUGCUGAGGAGGAAAUGAGACUGUACUACGUGUGUACCAACUCAUCCUGCUGCCAUCGGUGGACGGAAUGAAUCGUAUGGAUGUUCCGUAAUGGCAAGUUGCUCGUACAGGUAUUACUGAUGGAAUAAAUAUAAUGUCUGUAUAAAUAUAAUAUAAUAUAAUUUAAUCUA